GAGGGACGAUGACGUCCUUACUUCUUGAGUGAUUAGGAUGAUGAUUUUCUUCUUCAGUUACAACUCACGGGCAUGUGUCUAGUUUAGGGGAAAAAAAGGGGUCCAGGCGGGGAAACCGGAAAAGGAGGGUUUGCGCGGGCCGUCUCCUGCAGUCGUGCUCUCGCGCGCUUCGCCUCGAAGAGCCCAGCUCCGGCCGGUCGAGCGCCGUACCGCAGAGGAGAAACCACGCCGCGCAGCCGUGGGGACUGGGCAGGAGCGCAGCCGCGGGCCGGGGAGGAGUUCCAGGCCGCCGAGGGGACUCAAAUGGUGGCGCGCUUCGCUCCCCGCGUGAAACCUCAUCGUCUCGGUCGGUCCAUGUGGGCGGAAGCUGCUCCUCUUCGUCCCGAACCACACCCACCGCCCGUCUUCUCCGUGCCGCCACUGCAAGACCUCAACGCCCGCCUGAAGCGCCUGGUCCAGUCGGGCCGGCUCCUGGACGCGCAGGCCCUGUUCGACGGGGCGCCGCACCGCGACGAGGCCUCCUACUCCGCCCUCCUCGCCGGCCAUGCCGCGGCGGGGGAUGUCGCCGGCGCGAUGGCGCUCUUCUCCCGCAUCCGCGCAUCCUCGCUCCCGGCCGCUGACCCCUUCGUGCUCAGCCUCGCGUUCAAGGCCUGCGCUGCGGCCGCCGACGCCAGCCACGCCGCGUCACUGCACGCCUUCGCCGUCAGUUCCUCGGCUGUCUCCUCCGUCUUCGUCGCCACCGCGCUGGCCGACGCCUACGCCAAGGCCGGCCGCCUCGCGCUGGCACUCAGGGUGUUCGACGAAAUGCCGCUCAAGAACGUGGUCUCCUGGACCACGCUCAUCUCCGCACUGGCGCGGGCCGGCCGCCGCCACGACGCGGUCCGCCGCUUCGCCGAGAUGCGCGCCUCCGGCAUGCCCUGCGACUCGCACGCCUUCGCGGCCGCGCUCACCGCGUGCGCCGACACCGGGCUGCUGUCGCGCGGCCGUGAGGUGCACUCGCUCUGCGCCAAGCUCGGCUUCGACGCCACGCCCUACGUCGCCAACGCACUUGCCACGCUGUACGCGCGCUGCGGGGACGUCCACCGCGCACUGGCUGCGGUCGGCCGCAUGGGCUCGCGAGACGUUGCCGCGUGGACGACUGUGAUAUCCUCCUACGCGCAGACUGGUCGUGCCAAGGAAGCCAUCCUGGCAUUCGUCGCGAUGCUUCGUGACGGGGCAUCAAACGCGGCAAGGCCCAACGAAUACACAUACGCUGCAGUUAUUGCUGCGUGUGCAAAUAUUUCGUGUGUACAUCUUUGAGAGCAGUUGCACGCGCAAGCUGCACAAAGAGGGUUCGCCAGUUCGCGCUCGGUGGCCAAUUCACUCGUCACACUCUAUGCCCGCGCCGCCGGUCGUCUGUCAGCAGCCGAUGCCGUGUUCCAGGAAAGUGCUGCCAAGGAUGUCGUCUCUUGGAGUGCAAUCAUAUCAGGCUAUGCACAGGAAGGGCUUGCCGGGGAGGCUUUCGCCCUGUUUACUGAAAUGCGACGGCACCAUUGUCCUCGUCCGAAUGAGUUUACUCUUGCCAGUCUCCUCAGUGCGUGCGCAACUGCUGCGUCAUUGGACGCUGGUCGCCAACUCCAUGCACUUGCUGUCGCUGCUGGACUUGAACACCAUGCCAUGGUCAGGAGCGCGCUCAUUGACAUGUAUGGAAAGAGCGGCAACAUGUCAGAUGCUGAUGUUGUAUUUUUGAAUCGCACGAAAGAUGAUGUGGUUUCAUGGACUGCGAUGAUCGUCGGGAAUGCUGAGCAUGGCCACAGCAAAAGGGCACUUGAAUUGUUUGAGGAAAUGUGCCGUGUUGGGCUAAAGCCGGACCAUGUUGCGUUCAUUGGUGUGCUCAGUGCUUGCUGUCAUGCUGGGGCAGUUGAGCUUGGAUUGAGGUACCUCAAUGCAAUGAGCAAAAGCUACGGACUGGAGCCGUCAAAGGAGCACUAUGGCUGUGUCGUGGAUUUGUUGGGCAGAGCUGGUAGAAUAGAUGAGGCUGAGGAGUUGAUUGGUGGUAUGGCAGCUAAUGAAAGAGAUGGAGUUGUUUGGACAUCUUUGCUUAGGGCAUGUGCAGCUCGAGGGGAAGAGCAAACCGGGAAGAAAGCUGCAGAGAGGGUAAUGGAGGCAGAGCCAUGGGGUGCAGGAGCACAUGUGGCAAUGGCAAAUCUAUACGCCAGCAAGGGACAGUGGUGUGAGGCAGCACAAGAGAGACAUAUGAUGAAGCAGAAAGGGGUUGUGAAAGGAGUAGGCUGGUCAUCAGUCACAGUUGGAGGGGAGGAGAGGGGAGUUGGGGUGUUUGUUGCAGGUGACCGGACACACCCCCAAGACAAUUUGAUCUAUGAGAUGCUUGACUUGAUUUACUAUGGAGUUGGAAUGGCUCGGUAUGUACCCGAUCAGAUGAAUUUAGCAUCUGAGGUAGAGCUAAUGGUUAACACUUACAGUAGUAGUUAUAACUGAGUAAUUUCAGAAGGAGAUAGGCUUGAAAAGAGAAAAAAAUAUAUAGAAGUCCUUGGCACGAUGAGCGCUAAUGCAGCCAUGCGACUUAAAAGUUCUGCUGCUGUGCUGAAGUACUGAUUUAAUACUAGUAGUUCUUUGGUAUUACCACUGGGGCUUUGAUCUUGGUACACUUUUGAUAAGAUGGUUGAUUGCCUGCAGCAUAUAUGUAUGAGGCAAGAGUUCUCCGUUGAAGCUUCAACGCUCAGGCUGGUGCCAAAAGUAGCAGUUCUGUGUCUACCACAGAUCAGAGCAACAAAAGUUCUGAUAUCUGCAUCAGAAUUGCAUUGAAGAUCACUCCUUGCUCUAUGGACUAAUACAUGUUUGCGGCAUUGCACAAAGGCUUGGACCAGACAAUGAUGUGACGGGGGAUUGAUGUUUUUUUCUCUCUUAAGAAGUGUGUGCCUCACUGAUCCCCUUCUUUUGAAGGAAGCCAGGCCACAUUAGAUGGCACCCAAAGUCGUGUCAACUUGUAUAUCAUACUAAUUGGUAACUGAUGAGAGUUUGGAAGAAUAUGUUUCUUUUGUUGUCGACACUACGGUUAAAAGUGGAAUCUCAAGACAACUGGAGGCUUUUAACUCAGGAUUCAGUCAGGUAUUUCUACUAAGCACACUUCAGGUAUUCUCAGAGGAUGAGCUGGAGAGAUGACGCUGGAGAACAAGAUAAUUGGGAUCAGUCCUGCAAUCAUUCUCUCUGAUGAUGACCUGCCGAGUGUGAUGAUUUGUGCUAACUAUCUCAAGUGACCUGCCUACUGCACCAAGGGGAUUCAUCGAAGGAGCAAGGGGAGCAGAGCUGACAAUUCUUCUCCAGGGGAUUCAUCGAAGGAGCAAGGGGAGCAGAGAUUAGGUUAGUAGUCGGACUUAUCUUCAGGUGAAACUCUUAGAAGAAAAGGGGGUUUGAUACUACUAUUAUUAACCUGAGAACGCAUUCCCCAAUAAAGGAAAAACAACCAGCUAACAAUGUCUGCGCAAGAAUUCGUGCACUAGAUGAUUGCUCGUAAUCUUUCGGCGGGAAGGAAGCGAGUUA